CGCCUGUCGCGGGCCACGCAGCGGCGGGGGAGCGCGCUCGGGGCGGCGGCGUCCUGGAGACCCCCGAGGGAUGGAAGCGGCGGCGCCGGCGGCGGCCGAGGCGGCGGGGCGCGAGGAGCUCGAUAUGGACGUAAUGAGGCCCUUAAUAAAUGAACAGAAUUUUGAUGGGACAUCAGAUGAAGAGCAUGAGCAAGAGCUCCUUCCUGUUCAGAAGCAUUACCAGCUUGACGAUCAAGAGGGUAUUUCAUUUGUGCAAACUCUUAUGCAUCUUCUUAAAGGAAAUAUUGGAACUGGCCUUUUAGGGCUUCCACUGGCAAUAAAAAAUGCAGGCAUAGUGCUUGGACCAAUCAGCCUUGUGUUUAUAGGAAUUAUUUCUGUUCACUGUAUGCACAUUUUGGUACGGUGCAGUCACUUUCUGUGUCAGAGGUUUAAAAAGUCAACAUUAGGUUACAGUGACACUGUGAGUUUUGCUAUGGAAGUAAGUCCUUGGAGUUGUCUUCAGAGGCAAGCAGCAUGGGGAAGGAAUGUGGUUGACUUUUUUCUGGUGAUAACACAACUGGGAUUCUGUAGUGUUUAUAUUGUCUUCUUAGCUGAAAAUGUAAAACAAGUUCAUGAAGGAUUCCUGGAGAGUAAAGUGUUUCUUUUGAAUAGUACCAAUUCAUCAAAUCCAUGUGAGAGAAGAAGUAUUGAUCUAAGGAUAUAUAUGCUUUGCUUUCUUCCAUUUAUAAUUCUUUUGGUCUUCAUUCGUGAACUAAAGAAUCUAUUUGUGCUGUCAUUCCUUGCCAACAUUUCCAUGGCUGUCAGUCUUGUGAUAAUUUAUCAGUAUGUUGUUAGGAAUAUGCCAAAUCCCCACAACCUUCCAAUAGUGGCUGGUUGGAAAAAAUACCCACUCUUUUUUGGUACUGCUGUGUUUGCUUUUGAAGGCAUAGGAGUGGUCCUUCCACUGGAAAAUCAAAUGAAAGAAUCAAAACGCUUUCCCCAAGCAUUGAAUAUUGGCAUGGGAAUUGUUACAACUUUGUAUGUAACAUUAGCUACCUUAGGAUAUAUGUGUUUCCAUGAUGAAAUAAAAGGCAGCAUAACUUUAAAUCUUCCCCAGGAUGUAUGGUUAUAUCAAUCAGUGAAAAUUCUAUAUUCCUUUGGCAUCUUUGUGACAUAUUCAAUUCAGUUCUAUGUUCCAGCAGAGAUCAUCAUUCCUAUGAUCACAUCCAAAUUUCAUGCUAAAUGGAAACAAAUCUGUGAAUUUGCAAUAAGGUCCUUCUUGGUUAGUAUUACAUGUGCUGGAGCAAUUCUGAUUCCUCGUUUAGACAUUGUGAUUUCCUUCGUUGGAGCUGUGAGCAGCAGCACAUUGGCCCUGAUCCUACCACCUUUGGUUGAAAUUCUUACGUUUUCUAAGGAACACUACAAUAUAUGGAUGAUCCUGAAAAAUAUUUCUAUAGCAUUCACUGGAGUUAUUGGUUUCUUCUUAGGUACAUAUGUAACUGUUGAAGAAAUUAUUUAUCCUACUCCCAGGGUUAUAGCUGGCCCUCCACAAAGCCCUUCUCUAAAUUUGAAUUCAACAUGCUUUACAUCUGGUUUGAAAUAGUGGAAGCAGAAUUAUGAGUCUUUUCCUUUUGUCUUAAUUCUGAAAAUGAUGAAAAUAAUAACUAGUAGAUUACAUUGCCAUAAACUUAAAAAUAGAACCAAAUUUUCUUUUGGCACGUAAUGGUAUUUCAGUAGUAAGCUGUAAUUCUUUACCAGUAGUGGUAAACUAUGACAGAUUUUUUAUUUUGGGUAUUAGCAAUAAUUUAAAAAAAUUUAGUUUUGAAAAUUUUUUAAAUUAAAAAAUUAAAAUAUAGAAAACUUAAAGAAUAAAAAGAAAAAGAUUUCCAUUAUGCUUCAUUCAAUCAGAAAUACACCAAGAUUCUCUUUUACACCCAUGCUUCUCUUUCCCCACCCAGUUGAGAAGAGAACAGGGUUCUGACAGUAAAGGAAUCAAAGAAGAACAUAGUUAACAAAAAUCUUCUCACUAUCUAGGUGAAUGUCAAAGUGUACUUUGUGUAUAACGUUAAAAUGUCUUAAUCAUGUUUUUAUUAAAAAGCAAAAUACCUAUGAUUUGUCCCUGGAAGGAUAGAAAACUCAUUAACCUGGAUGCAAGCAUCAGAAAUCCCUACAACCAGAAUUAUUCUUCCCUAGUCUGUGAUGGUAGUUGAUCUGCACAGUGAAAACUCUGAGAUACUGUGCAAGAUCCUGACUUAGUGUCUCAGUCAAAUUUGAAAGAGACUUUAAGGCUUAUCUAACACAAUUCCCUUAUUUUUUACCUGAAGAAAUUGAGCCUGAAAGGUUAAGUAACUUGGUCAAGACAACUUAGCUUUGAGAUCAAGCAAGAGAACCCGAUCUUUUGACUCCAAGUCCAGGAUUUUUUAUUUUUCACAUCUUACCAAGGAAAAGAAUAAGAAUAAGUUAUGUCCAGUUUAGACUUUAGCAUUGCAUCUAUUUAAUUAUAUUUUAAUAUUUGGAAAGCCACUGAUCUUUGAAUAGGACAUGUGACCUGACUAUAAAAUCAGAGAACUCUAAAAAGCAUUGCAUUACAGCCAUAUCAACCCCAACAAGAGAAAGAAGUUUGUUCAGUUUUAAAGAUUAGAAACCACUUGCUGGUUUAACUGCUGGCUAGUAGAAGGUACUCAGCUAUUCUGUUUGUGGCUCCAACUCUUCUAAUUAGGUCUUUUCUUUUCAGGUUUUGUAGUCACCGUCUUUCUCAAUGGCAGAAAAUAGGUGUCUGACAAAAUACAGGAUUUGUGUAUUCCUUCCAGCCCUGUGGCUUUCUUAUCAUAGCCUCUUACUAAUCUAAAUGGGCAGAAUUAAAAAAAAAUAAAUUUAUGCAGAGGAAAAAUUGAGACAAUAAUAGACUACUAAAUCUUGAGACACUCCAGGUUUCUUCUAGAGAAAUACCUUUUAUUACUCCAUAUUUGGCAGGCUCAGUUAUUAACCAAAACAAUCUCAGUUGACAUGGAAGAUGAAAAUUUUUAAGUUUAAAACAUUAAGAAUCUUGACUUUUUAAAAGAUUUGUACUUUAACACACGUUGAACUUUUUAAUCAGACUGGUUGUACUCUAAUUUGUAAUAUAUUAAGAUAUCAUCGAGAUCACUGUAGUAUAUGUAUUGUGUAUUUUUAUAUAUAAAUGUUAACUUAGUUCAAGUAUUUUUUUGCUUUGCAUCAUUAAUGAAUCAAGUACAAUUCUAACAAAGUAUCAGAAGCUUUAUUUUUGUACAAAUUCAUAAGACUCAAACUUUUUUUAAACACUUACAUUAGAUAUCACCAAUAAUUGUGAUACUUUUAUAUCAAAGCCAUUAUGUUAAACUUUUAGUCAUACUGAGAGAAUGUGGAAGAAGUUAGAGGAAAAGUGAUUGUCAUUGACUGUUAGAUAAUCGUGUUUCUAAGAAUAAAUUAGAUUUUUUUAAAUAUAUAACUUGGUAUAAAAUGACUUAAAAACCAUUAUAAUAGAAAGCACUAUUAUUUUGUCAGCUGUCAUCAGAUAUUUCUAGUCUAUGCGUGAAAUUUUAUUUUUAUACUUUGACCUGUUUAUUUUCCUUAUUAAUUCAUCAAAUUCAGUGAAUUUUGAAUAGUUGAUCAUAGCAAUAAAUAAAUUUUAGGUUCAGCAUGAACAAAAUGUUGAGUGCAUUAUCAGCCAGGCUUCCUUAUGCAGCAAUUGCUGAUUCGACAGCCAAUACUUAGUCCACUAAAUUAUUGAUACUUUAAAUACAAGAGAAAAGUUGAAAUCAUGAAAAAGGGAACUAAAAGGGGAGAGAGGUUAGUUUUCAUUCUUAACAAAAAAACUAGGAAAAAAAACUAUUUAGAUGUAAAGUAUAAAUACACCUUUAUCUAAAGAUUGUUGAUGAUGUAUUUUAGUUGCAAAAAAAUCAGUGGCAAUAUUUUUCCUCUGAAAAUUGAGUUUUAAUGAGUCAGGCAUUUCCUAAAGAUUUUUGGAGAAGAUAUUUUGAUGAGACCAGCUGUUGCUUUUAUUUUGGGGCCUGGAGAAAUGAAAGCAAUUGCACCUGUCAAAUUGUGUAUCUGGUAUCUUGGUCUAUUACAUUAUGGCUAAGAUGACUUCAGCAUUUCAUUUGCCACAAUGAAGAACCCUGUUUUCUGAGAGCUAAUCAGGUGCCUGAGAGCCUUUCUAUCACUGAGGUAGGGGAGAGAAGGGAAAGCUGCUUUUAGCUCUGCUGACCUCUGUUUGAAGUCAGUCAUCAUUAGUCCCUUACAUUUCAAAAGGGUUUUGCCAGUUUCAGAGUCAACCUGUCAAAACACUGGUUUUCAGAUACUUUUUAAUCAGAGGAUCUUCUUUUUCCCACAUGGUCAGAUUUCUCCACAUUUAAAUAAGAACUAGUUUUUUUUUUUUUUUUUUCUUGGUUAAAGAUCCAAUUUGUAUGAUGUUAUCAAAUUAAAAAGUGUACUGGAUUAGAAAAUGCCACAUUAUGUUUUAAUUCUGUCCCUGCUGGAUUCUCCUUUCUUAAAACCAUUUCUGCCUCUCAUCUAGGCACUGCACUUAACGUUUUUAUAAGUAUUUUAUGCAAUGUGCAUGUUGUAAAUUUCCUAACAGGGCCUAAUUUCAUUCAGUAUUUUCAGAAUAGUUACAGGAAAGCUGUCUAACUGCAAAGUACUAUACAAAUAUUAAUAGAACUGUUAAUUAAAGCUCCACAUUAGUGCCAUUUCUAGCUGUGGCAAAGCACAGGUCUUACUGUAGCUUACCUGUGGCACUUCUUCACUGUAAGUGUCAGCCAAUACAGCAUCUGAAUAGUACAUUUGUUUACUGAUAGUAUAUACUCACAUUAGGUUUUGACCUCAGUUCUCCCUUCUUCAUUUAAAAAGGAGAAGAUACAGAACUGAGAUAAUGGAAAUGAUAAAUAAAAAUUUAAAAAUAAUACCAGCAGCUCAAUGAAUAUUUUCUGUUGAGGAACAAAAAAAAAAUUGGUAAAAAUACAGACCAUUGAUCAUGUAAAAUGAGUUUGUUUUUUUCUAAUGAGUCUAUUUUGUUCAUUUUGGCUGAACUAGCUUCCCCCUUCAUAAGAAAAUUUGGGAACUUCAAUCUAAAAGGUGUGACAAAACACUUCCUAACAUUAAAUGGCUGACUGCAAUGGUUAAUACUUUGGAAGUAUUAUGGAUAAUUUUGUUUAUGCCCCUAGUGCUUACUUGGCUAACUGCUUUAAUGAAAGUGGUUUGUUUUCACCUAGGAAAUAAGAAAACAUGCUUAAGAAACAACUAGAGGGCAGCCCUGGUGGCUCAGCGGUUUAGCGCCACCUUUAGUCCAGGGGCGUGAUCCUGGAGACGUGGGAUGGAGUCCCACAUCGGGCUCCCUGCAUGGAGCCUGCUUGCUUCUCCCUCUGCCUGUGUCUCUGCCUCUCUCUCUCUCUCUUUGUGUCUUUCAUGAAUAAAUAAAUAAAAAUCUUUAAAAAAUGGUUAAGAUGGUAAAUUUAAAAAAAAAAACUAGAAAUGCUAUUUAUUACCCUAUAAUAAAUGAAAUCACAACUUACUCUCAUUCUUAAAAUGUCAUAUUAAAAUAAGCUAGUUCUUAUGUGUGUGAGUGUACACACACACCAGUAACGUAUAUUAACUUACCAUUUAAAUUGGGUCCAGAAAGAUGAUGUGUUGAAAGGUCACUCCAAAACUUAUUCCAUUAGAGUUUUCUUGAUAACAAAUAGGAAAGUAAAUGCUUCUACCGUGAAUAAAUUAAGCUCUGGGUUUUUGUGUUUUUCAAAAUGAUUUUGUUAGUCUGGAAAUGAAAUAUCAUUGCACUUGAGUCAAUUAUUUUGCUUUUAACUUAUUUUUCUUUACAGUAUGAAAAAGUCUGUCUUAAAGUACUGUAGCUCUUCUGAAUUUUCAAUAAAAUGUAAUUAAUUUGCUUGCAAA